ACACAUUACAAAUGUAGCUUUCCAUAACUUAGUUAGACAAAUUCGGUCACUUGAGAGGUCAAUUUGUUAAAACACAAAUCUGGAAACAUGGCGGAGCCUACAGAAUCUUCGGGAACCACUGCUAAAGAUAUCAUCAAUGUUGUCGUCAAGACACCGAAAGACAAAGAAACAAUAGAAAUCAAACCCGAUGCUACAAUUAAACAGCUUAAAGAUGAAAUCUCCAAGAAGUUCAGUGCUACCGUCGAGCAAUUAUGUCUCAUCUUCGCAGGCAAGAUACUCAAAGAUAAUGAUACCCUGGAACAGAACAACAUCAAAGACAACAUGGUUGUGCAUCUGGUGAUUAGGUCUAAGAAGGAUCAACCUGGUUCAAGCACAGCAGCUUCUAGUAAUCCUGCCUUACCCUCCAACCCCUCCUCCUCCUCAUCGACUACCGCCCCAUCAUCGACCCCAUCCACUAAUGCUCCUGGUGGCAAUCCGUUCUUUGGUGGGCUUGGAGGGCUUGGUGGAAUGGGUCUAGGGAACUUGGCUAAUAUGGGACUAGAUUCAGCUAACUUUGCAGAGAUGCAGCAACAGAUGCAACAACAGUUGGUGAACAAUCCAGACAUGAUGAGGCAAGUAUUGGAUAAUCCCAUAGUUCAAAACAUGAUGCAGAAUCCGGAUAUAUUCAGGAAUCUUGUUCUCAACAAUCCUCAGAUGCAACAGAUCAUGGAGCGAAACCCUGAGGUAUCACACAUGCUGAACAACCCAGAAGUGCUUCGUCAAACCAUGGAGCUCGCUCGUAAUCCCGCUAUGAUGCAAGAGAUGAUGAGAUCACAAGACAGAGCACUCAUCAAUCUGGAGAAUAUACCGGGUGGUUAUAAUGCACUACGGAGGAUGUAUACAGACAUUCAAGAACCCAUGUUGAAUGCUGCUCAAGAACAACUAGGAGGAAACCCCUUUGCAGCUUUGGCAAACAGUACCUCAACCUCCCAACAGGGGGUGGAGAACACGGAACCUCUCCCUAACCCCUGGGCGCCACCCUCUCAAAGGACCUCAUCAUCGACCACCACGUCAAACACCACAUCAACCAGCAGUACAUCCAGUACCACAUCCCCCGGUCUAACUGGAAUUCAACCAGGUGCUAAUAUUUACAACAGUCCUGGACUGCAGAGCCUGAUGCAGCAGAUUCAGAGCAACCCAGCACUGAUGCAGAACAUGGUGCAAGCUCCUUACAUGCAAUCUGUGGUGAGAUCUAUGGUCGAGAACCCAGAUAUGGCAGCACAGGUAAUGAGGAACAAUCCACUGUUUUCUGGUAAUCCGCAGCUUCAAGAGCAAAUGACGAGGAUGCUGCCAGCUUUCCUCCAGCAAAUGCAAAAUCCUGAUGUGCAGCAUGCUUUGACGAACCCUAGGGCUAUGCAAGCCAUCAUGCAGAUUCAAGAAGGCAUGCAACAACUAGCUACAGAGGCCCCAGGAUUGCUACCAGGCAUGACUGGACCUGGACUUAGUACCACUCCGUCUGCCUCGACAGACUCGACUGCUGCCACCACAACAGCUGCUUCAACCACCCCUUUAUCCACCACAACACCAUCAACACCUGCAGGUACGACGACCACCAGUACCACCACACCAGGUGCACCUCCCAGUCUGAGUGGGUUACCUCCGGUUGGUGAGCCUCAGUUCAAUCAGCUCAUGACUCAGAUGUUACAAGCUCUCGGAACAGGCGGACAGCAAGCUCAGCCACCAGAAGUUCGGUUCCAGGCCCAGCUCCAGCAGCUUUCCUCGAUGGGGUUUGUCGAUCGUGAGGCCAACAUCCGAGCGCUUACGGCCACAGGGGGCGACGUAACUGCAGCCAUCGACAGACUUCUUGCAAGAUGACCGCCUUGAUUCAACAUUUCAGCUCGAAUAUGAUCCUUGCAAUCAAAGUUUGGAGGUACUGAUUUAAUAAUAUUGAUCCCAUACUUAGCAUCAGAGUCUCCAAAUAGCAUCAGACGAAUACACAGAACCUAACAUUGUGUAUGAACACAUUCGUAUGAUAUAAAUCGAUUGAUAAGAAGUAAAUUAAAAGAAAGAGGAAUAGAAAAGAAGAGAGCAUAAAUUCAAUCCAAGCAAGACCCCACUGGUAAUUUAUGUUAUGAUUCAUACACCUCGUUCAUAUGUGUAUAUAUUUCUCUUAUCUUGAAAGAAAUAUGAAUAGAUUCCUAUAGUUGUGAUAUACAUAGUUACGUCAUGAUUGGUAUUGUAAUGAUGAAUCUCGUUAAAUCCGUUUCUGCAAGCUAUUGCCUUAAAAUACUUUGCUCUGUGCAUUUAAUUUAAUAUGUAAUGUGUAUUUUCAGUGAUUGUAUAAUGUGCCCUUUCAGAUUUGUAUAUCAUAUAGCGUGACUGAUAAAAUUAAUCUGACAUGUUUUAUAAUGUUACAUAGUUUAACAAUCCUCAAUUAUUUAUGUGUGUGGGCAAAUUGAGAAUAUGAUGAAUCAGGGCUUCGCUUCCUCGAGCUGUUUUAAAGUUAUAUUACAUGUAAACUGAAGUACAAACAACUGGAAGAUUAUGAGCCUAAGGUUUUCCUGACAUUUUUUUUUUCGACAUAGUUAAAUUAUAUUCUAAACAUUUCCUUAAAAACUGUGACAGAAAUUUUUUUAACACUUCAAUGUAUCUCUGCACUGCUUCUCAGCAUCCGCAUAAUGUAUUUUCAAGUGAUGUAAAUUAGAUUGUAGAAACCUAAAUGGACUUUUUUUCUCAGUCAUUUGUAAAGUUGUGCAUAAUAUUACAAAAUACUCUUUGGGUCACAGAGAAUGCCUGAAUAUGAAGUCUAGGAUUUAAUGAGAUGGUUUUAAUGAAUAUUCCAUGUUUUAGAAUAUCUUAUUACAUUUCAUUUAUACUGUGAAAGAGAUAGAGAGAAGGAAACAAAUAACAGCAAAUUAUUGCAGACAUGUUAAUUCCCUGAGGCAUUAGGGAGCUAUGAAAGAGAACAGGAGUGCAAGAAGUGAUCAUAAAAGGAUCAUUUUUAAUUAGGUUUCAAAUAUAGACAGAGAUUUUCUUUCUGUAGGUGUAUUUCAGUUGGCAUGAGACAUGUACUUGAUUACAGCUUGCAAGAGAAAUGUAAAUGAUGUCAGUAUUCAUUCUUAUAUUAUGGUAAGGCAAAGGUUUUUUUAAAACGUGGUAUUUCCUGUAGGUUUUUCUGCUAAUGGAGUGUUUCAGCUAUAUCUAUAUUCUCAUCUGGUUUUAUGGUAUAAUUGCUCUUCUUGUAUACACACAAGGUUUUCGGUAUUUCUAUAUUUAUAAACCAAAUCCUCAUCCUUAUUAGUAUUAUAUUGUACAACAUACUUUAUCAUAUAUACGGUUUGAGCAUCGAGCAUGGUCAGAAUAGAUACAGCAUUACAUGUACAUGUACACUUAGAUAUUGAAUGUUCACGUUAUAUUGCCCCCCCCCCCCAUAAUUGCUUUGCUUGUCCUUUACUUUCAUUGCAGAUUAAGAUAACACACAAUUUCAAUUUAAUGUCAGAACUUAAGUCAUUUUGUGUUAGUAGUCAAAUUUGUUGUAAAAUUUUUCCUCUAUUAAUAGUUUGGAAUUAUGUUUAUCUCAGAUCACCUUUAUGGGGCUUUAUCACACUUGUUUACAUGAUGUACACCAUACACCAGGGCUUGACAUUAGCAGUGGCCCGGGGCAACCUAAAUUGUGAGUCGGGCAACCAACAUUUUUUUAAAUCCCACACUUGGUGGCCCGGUCAGGCUACCAAAGUUUUGAUAAAUUCUAAUGUGUCUAUUGUUUUAAGGCCACCAGAUUUGCAAUGCGGGCCACCAAAAUUAUGAAAUUGAUGAUUUUGUGGACCGAUCGGGCCACCAAGAAAAAAUGGUAGUGUGGAUGGAGCCUUGCAUACACACAUCUGAAAAUGUUUUAAACAAAGAAUAGUGGCUGGGCAUCUAUCUGCCAAGGACAGAAUGUAUAAAAAGGUCAUUAUGACAUCACCCACCAUACACAAAUUAUAAUGUACCUGUAUCAGACCUGCCAACCAGUACGUUUUAGCCGUAUUUAGUACGUUUUUGCAACCAAAAUACGGCAGUACGUUUUUUCUUUGAAAAAUAUGUUGUUUUUGUUUUUUAAACUAAAUCGUAAUUUAUUGAGAAAAAUAAUGUCUCUAUUUCAUAAAACGUGCACAAAUAUGGUUAUUAGAUCAAUGUAAUUUCAGGUAACUUGUUUUUUUUUCAAUCAUUUUGUUCAAACCAGGGUGAAGAUAUACACAUGUUUUAAUGUUUUUUUUUUCAUCUGCAAGGGCAGUGCGCAUUUUAGCUUGCAUGCAGCUUGAGCGCCGCGAUGAGCGAGUGCGCCAAGCAUUUUAUUAUGAAAUACACUUUUUUGGGGAAAAAUACAGUUUUUUUUAUCACAGAAUACAGUUUUUCAUUCCCAGAGGUUGGCAGGUCUGCUGUAUACUGUGAUCAUGCAUGCUAUUACCCAGUUGACAUCAUGCAUGAUAUAUGUGCUUUGGCACUUCUGAUAUCAUUUGCAUACAUAGAUGUCAGUGGUAUUUUAUAUCAUUUUUCCCUCUCAUAGUAUAUCUAUGCUGUAUUAUUAAUGGUGGGAUUAUAUUUCAUCCUGUCAGCACCAAUGAUUAUGUUUAUUGAAAACUCUUAUGGAUAUUCAUGGAAGGUAGAUAAGAUGAGUAAUAUCUAUAGCUGGUUAAUUUGGUUUUAGGUUUAUAGUCAAUAUUGAUUUGGGGCUAUUUGUGUUGUUUACAUCAUUGAUGUUCCUUGCAAAAAAUUAAAAAUUAUUACUGUAAACUUUAUUUUCACCUUUUUGCAUUUUAUGAAAAAAUAAUAAUUUUGUUUUUGGAAUCUUAAGUUUUAAUCAUGGUGUCCUUUUAUUUCAAAGAGGAGUUCAUACUGAAUCCAUGGUAUUGACUUAUGAUCAUUACAUUUUCACUAUUUUCACUAGUAUUAUGGGAUGAAAUCGUAUGCUGUUGUAGUUUCUCCAGCGUUAACAUGCAUGGUCAAGUUUUAACUCUUUAAUUUUGUUUUUUUCAAUGGAAUCAUUCAUUAUAAAGGAUCAUGCUAUUUGACAUGUCCUUGCGAAGUUGAUUAUUUUAGUAAUUAGUCUAUGUCUUACACCUAUUGAUAUCAUGUAUGGUGUUGAAGGCUGGUGUUAAUGUUUGGGCCUAAAGAUUGGCUCUCAGCCUUAAUAAGGACUGGUGUUAGGAUUAACACCACUCAGUGUUAAGUUUUGCAGACUGAUUCAAAAGCUCAUCUCUAAUAACCCAAAACCCAACACCGUACAGUGUACUUGAAAUCACCAAAAGUUUACUGCAGCCGUAAUACUAAUUCUGCUUGUAUGUCGUUUGACUCUUGUUUAUUUUUACCAUGCACAUUCUCUAUUUAUCCUCCAAUAUUCCUUUCAUUGUUUACAUUAUAUUGCAUUGAGUCCUAGUUUAUUAAUAUGCAUCCAUUCUUUUUUUUUAUUACUACACUAAGUAAUUUGAUCACAUUUUGUAGAUUUUUAUGAAAAUUCCUUCUUGAAUUUUGUAAAUUCCUUUUGAUAACCUUAUGUAGUUAAGCAUCAAGCAAAUCUUGUCAUUUGUGUACCGAAAAUUUAAUGAAGUUGAUCUACGCUACGGUACCGGUAUUAGAAGUCUGUUCUUUGUUGCAUUGUCCAAUAUUGUUUGUUAUUGCAUGUAUCCGGAGUAGGGGAUAGGGGAGGGAUUUCAAUGAUUAUUGGUGAUAUAAUGUUUGUAUUCCCCAUCAUUUCUCCACAUGACCUAUCCAUUCUCGCACCACCGUUGGAAAGCCAACUGCUCGUAUUUGAGUUCCAACUUGUUAUUAUUCAUUUAUACUUGUAUUGCUUACAUCCACCAUAACUUGAUCCAUCGAGAUGCAUUGCCAUAAAAUCAAGUGACUGCUAUCUUGGGACAGCUGUAUCAGCAGAGUCUCGUAAGUAGUGACUUCCCUACACGCCCCUUUGAGUAUAUCAAAUCCUUUCACUGAGAAGUUAGUAUAAUACACAUUGUCAAUAAAUCUAUCUCAUGAUGCCUCUCUAUUGUGUGCAGGUGACUUAACUCAAAACCAUCUUACCUUGCACUUAAAUUGUGUUAUUAGAUUAAUAUAUAUUCCUAUGGAUGUACACAAACUUCAUGUUGCUUCUACAUUCAGUAGGCCUAUCUGUAUUACCAGAUUGUAUGUUUAUUUUCUGGAUGAUCAGUUGUACACAUACAUCUUUUCCUGCAAAACCAGACUGUUGUCUCUGCAUAUCUCUCGCAAUGUGACCUCACGCAUUGUGUCGUUAUCAAUACUUGUAAAUAUUGUACAUGUAUAACAUAGGGGUAUGAAAUUAAUGCAGCUGUUCUGCAGUUGCAGAAACUGGUAUCUUUUUAAAUGAAGAAGGUCAUUAGUUCUGUGUGAAAUCAAUAUGCAUGAACAUCCUGGCUUUAAACAGAUGUUGUGUCAAAUCCGCUAUUUGAAAUUAGAAUGGAUAGAUAUUGAUUAUAUAUGUAGAAUACUAUUGAUAUUGAAUAUGGACCAGGAUAUAAACACAUGUAUUGCAGUGAUUAACAUUGUAAUUAUAAAAAAAAUCUUUGUUUGCAUCGUUAGUGCCCAUUUCUUAUUUCAGUAUCAUUUGCAAAUAAUGAAAACUGCAUUUCGUAAUAUCUAUAAUCUGUAUACCUGGUCCUUAUAAUCAUAACAACUAAUAUAUGUAUUUAUGUAUUAGUUUUUGCCAUUUAUUAAGGAAAUGAAAAACGUGUAGACCUUGCUUCAAAUUCAAUUGAACAGCUAUUUCUUACUCUAAUUAUCGACCCAAUCGUUGUUGAUGUGAAAUUCCUGGUCUGUGUAACAAUCUUUUUGUGUAUGUUCUAUAAUUCUCACACCAAAUAACAGCAGAGAUUAAAUGGAUAAAAGAAUUAUCGA